AUGAACAACUUUCCGAGCCAACAAGAUCGAAAGGGGAAGGGGAGGGCCCCUACAACGCCUCCCCCAUCGCCAAAGAGGGCUAAGACCCCACCGACAACCUCGGGCCCUGCUUCUAGCAGCCAGCCCGAGCCCAAGUCCGAGCCCGAGUUCGACUUAGAGGGGGCGUUCCACGAGGAGUUUGGAGCGGCGGAUGUGGAACCGCCAAAAGACCAGGUCAUCUUGAACCGGCCGAAGCGAGUACCUCGUUUAUCGAGGGUCGCUAAGGCUGGUUCGAGUUCAGCGGCUGUUCAACCAGUCGCGACUCCGCAAGCUGCUGCUCAACCAGCAGCUUCUGAGGGCGCCGGACCCUCUGCCUCGGUGAUGGCAGAACCGGUCCCGACUUUCAAUGGCUUUGCAGCCGUUGAAAAGUCUGCGGACAUUCUGUCUGCUGCCGUUGUAGAGGGGAAGGCCACCCCUCACGAAGGUCCAGCCGGCAACCCGGGUAAAGCCCCGUCUGCAGAGGAGCCACUCUCUGGCAUCGCUGCCUCCUUUUCGGAAAAGGAGCUGGCGCUCGCCAUGGUUCUGGCGAAUCUGAAGGCGAUGGUGGAGCCUGGUGCGCCAGCUUCGAGUAGCGUGGCGACAACGGCUGCUGAGGCCGCUGAACCACUGCCCAGCCCUUUCCUGCGCCCUUCCGAGGGUGUAGAUGUGGGAGGGUCAGUUGGUAUACCAGCGGUAGCACAGCCCGCGAAGCCAGCGCCAGCCGUCGGUGAAACGGCUCCUCAAAUGUCUUCCGAGACAGACAUUCCUGUCAUUGCGCUACAGGAUGUCAGCCCCCAGGGACCAACACUUGCGCAGCCCGUUUUCCCAACGGCUGUGGUCCCUACAGACAAGGAUGAAGGUGAUCUCCCAGAUGCACCUCCUUGUGCCAUCAUACACGUCGCAGUCGACCGGGAAAUCGACAUUCCCGACGCUCCGAUUGAUCCUUGUGAUCAUGACGAGGAUGUCAGGAUGUCUGAUGCCCCGGUCCUUCGUGCAUAUGGCGGGCGUUGUCUCCCGCUUUCUCGAAAGCACGUCCAAUUCUUGAAAAAGAUGCGGACUUUACAGGCGAGGAGCAAGUCAGAGCGGCAGAGGAGGAUGACGAUCAAUCUCUGGGGUACGGGUCUGUUCCCGCAGUUUUGCAGGAACUUCACGGACCCCCAGGUCAAGAUUGAUAGAGGGGGUAUUUAUUUGGUGGGGAGGAGCGUGUGCAAGUGGCCUAGACUAUCUUGA